AUGAGUAAGCAAAGUGUUCUUGCUCACCAACGUUUUGCCAUAGAACUUCAGUAUCAAAUCCGUCAGAAUGCAGAUGCACUUGCACACAGCAUCUUUCUCGAGCAGGGAAAGACCCCUGCUGACACUCAGGAUAUAACCUUCUUCGUCUCCACACUCCAUCAAGUCUACGGCAAGAAUGCUUCGCAAGCGCCUUCCUUGACAUGGCAUUUCCACAGUUUUCAAAGUGUAUCCCAACCCAUCUCAUUUUGUCUACCGUACCGCAGUGUUCCUCGAUCUCGCACAUACUCCAACGUUAUAUUCGAACAUUCGGCUUCAUUGAUAAUGGCUGCUUCCUCACUACAAGCCCAUUUUGCCUCCUAUGACGAAGAGACACCAGAGGAUUCGAUGAAAAUAGGGCCGAAACUUUCAGACUCAGAAGCAAGGCAGAUUCUCCUGAUUAUAGGGACUUCGGGCAAGUUGUUAUUGAAACAUAUUAUUGCCAACCGUUCUUUGUUAGUUCCCUCUGUACUCGCAUGGGAACUUUCUCUUGAGGCUGUAUCGGAAGAUGAUAACGCCUCCACUCGAGCAUGGUGUGUUGAAGCCGUUGAAGCGCUUCCCGAAGAGGCGGAAGCAGUUCACCAAGGUAAUCCUCCAGUUCUCAACAAGCUGGUGGGUAAAGUCAUGCAGCUCAGCCGUGGACGUGCAGAUGUAAAAAAUGCACGUGUUGUGCUAGAAGAUGUUUUACGAAGAUAG